CCCCUCAGCCGCGCCUGCGUAAUUGGGGGCUAUGGGUCAGUGGUGGAAUAUUGCCUUGGGGGGGACGGGCCCAAUGGGUCUGCACCUGGUCUAGUCUCUCUUAAAUCUUUCAGCCAGAACAUUUUUCCCAGGGUGGAAAUGUCCAACACUGGAGAGCAUAGCUAUAAGGUGAGAGGGGGAAGUUUAAUGGUGUGACAACAGUUAGUACGGGGCAAAUUUUUUGCACAGAGGAUGGUGGGGUCUGGGACGUAUUGCCAGGGUUGGUGGUGGAGGCAGUUACAAUAGUGGCAUUUAAGGGGCUUUUUGGUAGGAAUAUGGAAGUACAGGGAAGAGAGGGUCAUGGAUCAUGUGCAUGCAGAUGAGAUCAGUUCAGCUAGGCAUCAUGCUCGGCACAAACAUUGUGGGCCGAAGGGCCUGUGCGGUACUGUUCUAUGUUCUAUAAUCAUGAAUUCCCCACCAUCUGGGGCAUACUCAAUUCUUGCUGCCACCAUUGGCAGGAGGUACAGAAGCCUCAUCACCAGGUUCGGGGACAGCUACUUUCCUAUAACUAUCAGGUUCUUGAACUAUAACCAACCUGGAAAACCCUAAUCCUACCUCAGCAAAGACACACUGGACCACUUCUAGUACUGUCAUUAGUAUGUUUGUUUGGUAUGAUGCUGCAGCAAGCACGCUUUCCAUUGUUUCAGUGUAACUCAUCCUAAUGCAAAUGACAAUAAACUUGACUCAACUCGAGUUGAUGGGACGAUGCAGUUUAUUUAUUCUAAUUGGUGAAAUAUUGAGAGGCCUUGGAAGUGACCAUGGUUUGUUGUGCUAAACUUAAUGGGUUAUAUCAUAGUGAUCAACACCCCUGCUUCUCCUGACAAUGCCUUCUUCAGUGUCAUUAAUAGAGGUAGUACGGAACCUGGUCUUCCAAACAUUUCACCAAAAUUAUUAUAAGGACCCAUGUGUGUCACUGGGCACUACUUUAUACUUUUAGAUGACAGGCACCCCAGUUCCUUGCAGAAUGUCAAUUUGGAAUUGUCUGUGUAUAUGCAGUGCUAAAGCUACUUCCAGGCCAACACCCUUCCGUUGUUUAUGUACUUACUCAAUUUUAUUUUCAAUUGUGCAUAAAAUCAUCUGUCCUUUUGCUGAUUUAUUGCACGGAGACAACUGUUAAUAUGUAACCCCUAAUCUCUUGGAGAAUAAUUGGAUUUUGUUAAUUAACAAAAUGUUCCUUUUAAAUCCGUUCCGUUGUCUGAAAGGAGGCAGACUGCACGCUCCUGCUUCAGUACUGCCCUUUUUCUACAUAUGCUCCAUAGGAAAUGUUCUGACUUGCUGAAAGCCUGCUGCUGUAAAGCAGAUCAUACUUAGUUUUCUCCUUUUCUAGAAAACUGUCGUUUGUAGCCAAUUUCUGUCACCACAUUGAGGGACGACCUUCUCAGAGCCAUUGGGCGUGCGGUAGAAAUUCACAGCACAUCUCAGUUGCUAUAGCAACAGCAGUCUGUCCCAUAGUGAGCUGUAUCAUCUGACUGAUGUCAUAGCAGCAUGCAGCAGGUCAAACCAGGCACCUCCUAGCGCAUCCUACAGAUGUGAACAAACCGAAAGGAAGAUGGCAUAAAGGGAAAAGGGAGAAAAACAUCAAGAUAGAACUAGCAAUCUGUAGACCUACGAAAAAAAGUUGAUAUUCCAGGACAAUAGUGAACACUGGCAUCAAUAAACGCCACAGCCAUGAGUAUCAUACUGUCCCCCAUGAGGAGCCAAGAGCCGGAUGCAAUGCCAACAGACGCAUCUCCCAUGAUCACAAACAUUACCCCUCUAGAAGAACCGGAGGAGGGGAGAAGGGUAAAAGAAUUUGAUGUUAUCCAGCGCUAUGAGAAGCCUCCCCCACUUCACACUGGCGCAGAUUGGAAAGUGGUCCUACACCUGCCAGAAAUUGAAACAUGGCUUCGAAUGACAUCAGAGCGAGUUCGAGACCUUACCUAUUCUGUGCAACAAGAUUCUGAGAAUAAGCAUGUUGAUGUUCACCUGGUGCAGCUAAAGGAUAUUUGUGAAGAUAUUUCUGAUCAUGUGGAGCUGAUCCACGCCCUGCUAGAGACAGAAAUAUCAUUGAAGCUUCUCUCUUAUUCAGUCAAUAUUCUGGUGGACAUCCAUACUGUUCAACUUCUGUGGCAUCAGCUACGUGUUUCAGUUCUUGUGCUGCGUGAAAGAAUCCUACAGGGUCUCCAGGAUUCCAACGGAAACUAUACCAGGCAGACCGACAUUCUUCAGGCUUUCAGCGAAGACAGAAAAGAGACCUGCUUGGACACACUGACUGAAGUUGAUGAUGCAGGUCAGCUGACUAUUAAAUGUUCAAAAGACUAUUUUUCUUUGGAUUGUGGUAUUACUGCCUUUGAACUGUCUGACUACAGUCCAAGUGAAGACCUGCCCUGUGACUCAGAGGCCAACAUGACAUCGAGUUCAAGCUCCAAGUCGACGUCAAAAUCUUUUGGGCAUUGGAACUCUGAUCUGAAAAGAGCCUUUCCAGAGUUGGGUUUAUCUUCUGCGCCUAUUGAACAUUACGCUUCCCAUCAAGAGGAAAUGAAGGCAAGAGAUGAACAACAGCUGACCAUUACAGAUCACCUGACUUCAAUGCAGGAUAAUAAGGACACAGUCAUCUCCAAAAUAUCACCAACAUCAAAAAACCAUCCAGCCUCGUCUCAGACUCCACCUGCCGAGUGUGCCACAACCCAAAAUGAAAUGAUUAAGAACUCCAAAAUAAUUUCUGAUAAUAAUAUGGAUGAUUUAGAGACAAAAAAUUGUGCCCAAAUGCAUACUUCCAGUGCAAAUAGCAUCUACUGCGAGAACGCAACACCAAAAAGAACAAUUACAGAUUGUUUCAAUUAUAAUGAGGCGUCCCCUACGCAACCUUCCUUACCUAAAAGAGCUUUGUAUUUAGAUGAAAUUUCUAAGGAUGACUUGGAGGUUAGUUGCUGCAGAAUUUUACCUUCUGACUUCUCCCACAAAGCAGAAAUGAGCAGAAGUACACCCACUCUUCUUGAUCAUCCAGACAGAUCCAAACUUUGGCUGAAUUUGUCUUCAUCCUACCCAAGCACUUCAAUUGCUGCUACCAGUCGCUCAUACGAUGAAUUAAACAAAAAGGUCAGCACUGACAAUGGAUACCUGAGUUCACAUUCACAAUGUAAUUUAAGAAAGGCAACUUCAGGCACAGAUACAAUCCAUGUCCAACAUCAAACAAAAAUUUCUCCCGUUAGUAAAUCAUGUGAUCUUCAUGAUUCCACGCAAUCUAACAAUAUAUCUUUGCGAAGCCCCAAACAGCACUGCAGCAAACCUUUAUCUCAAAACAUCAAUUCUCCAUUGCACAAACAACAGAAUUAUAUUUCUGUUACAUCCGAACAAACCUCCCCAUAUCAAAAGCAACCGGAAGCCACAUUUGCAAUAAAGAGUUUCCAGCCAUGUUGUUCUCCAUAUACAAAAACUCCAGGUGGAGAAAAUAAUAAUAGUUCCAAACUCUUUAAUUCAGAUACAUUGAAUGAUAAGUACAAGGAAAGUAAUACAUCUGUGUCCUCUGGGUGUCAGAAUCAGGUGUCUGGUAGUAAAUGUAAAAAUAAGUUACCCACCAGACAUGGUUUGGAAGCAGCUUCACAGCUUCCUAUUCAAACUUCAGAUAAUAUGGCCAGGGUAGAUUCUGCAUGUUGUAGCUCCACUGCAUCUUUGCCACAACAGGAAACAUGGACAGAGAAUAGCGAAAACGAAAGUCAAACUGCUGAAAAUGAUAAAGUUGACACUUGGUUUGGAUUAAAUGAGUAUCUGGCUCUUCCAUCCCAUCUGAAGGAAACUGAAGUGUUGGCUUUAAAGCUGGAGAAUUUGACAAAGCUGUUGUCACAGACACCUGAAGGUGAAGCACUUCAGAAUAUUGAUGACUGGGAGCUUUCAGAAGCAAAUUCAGUCACUGAGGUAAAUCCAUCAAUUCUUAAUGGAAGGGAGAACAGAAAAUGGAUCCCAGAAAAUGAAACUAUUUCUACAACGUCUUCAAGUGAUAUAGCAUCCUCCCUGGAGGACAGCAUUGAAUCAGGCCCACUCAGCGACAUCCUGUCAGAUGAUGAAUUAUCAGUAGCAGAAACAAAUGGCAAACACCAGACGAUAUGCCAACUCUCACACCAUUGGUUAACACAGGUGCCAAAAAAUGCCUUGAAUGGUGCUUCUUCCAAAACAAGUCUUGUUCAACAGCUACGGGAAGAUAUUCAGCAGAAACAGAAUAACAGCUUUGUCUGGGGAAAGAUCGAGGCCUUUGUAAAUAAACUUGAUGAAUUGAUUUGUUGGUUGUUUGAAGCAAUGGAAACAACAGAAAAUUGGACACCUCCAAAAGCUGACAUAAGCAGUCUGAAACUUUACCUGGAAACACAUCUGAGUUUUAAACUUAACGUAGACAGUCACUGUGCACUUAAAGAUGCUGUGGUGGAAGAGGGACAGCAGCUUCUGGAACUCAUUGAAUCUCACAAAUCAGGAUUGAAAGACAUGCUACAGAUUAUUGCAAGUCAGUGGCAGGAACUACAGAAGCAAAUCAAACGCCAGCACAGUUGGAUUCUUCGAGCCCUGGACAUAAUCAAAGCAGACAUAUUGGCAACUGAUGUAACUGCACAUGGUUUAGAAGGUACUGGGAAUCCCAAGGGAGAGAUACAGCUUAUCAAUCUGGAAACCAGAAGAGAUGCUGUGGAGCAGAUGUCACUGAAGCUAUAUAAUGAACAGUAUACGAGCAGCAACAAACGGAAGCAAGAAUUUGCCGCAAUGUCAAAGGUCAAUCGAGUGGAUGCUUACAGCCUUUUGGACUUUGAAUCGGAACACCAGGAGCUGUGGGAUUGGCUGAUUGACAUGGAAUCCAUAGUGAUGGACACCCAUGACCUGAUGAUGUCAGAAGAGCAGCAGCAGCAUCUUUACAAGGGCUACAACACAGAACUGUCUAUGUGGCUUCCAAAGAAAAUACAUUUACUGAAGAAGGUGGAAUCGCUAAGACGAGCUGGUAUCUCAUUAUCCUGUGAUAUCCUUGAAAAAGUAGAGGGAAUUAAAGACAAAUGGCAUCUGUUGGAGAGAAAACUUAGAGAGAAGACUCAAGAUGCAGCAUUGGGGCCAAAUGGGGCAGGAACAUGCGAUCUUUUGUCACCUGAAAGCAGCAGCCUGGUGAGGCAGCUUGAGAUCAGGAUCAAAGAAAUGAAAGGCUGGAUGCGAGAUACAGAGCUUUUCAUCUUUAACUCCUGCCUGCUUCAAGAAAAAGAAGGAACUGCAGAAGCCCAGAAAAAACUUCAGUAUUUUAAGUCACUGUGCUCUGAAAUUAAACAACGUCGGCGUGGCAUAAUUUCUGUACUGCACUUAUGCCAACGUCUCCUCGAUGACACAGAUUCGAGCUGUUUGGAAGCUGAUCGUCAGUCAAUGAAACUUGUUAUUGUGAACCUGGAGAGAAGGUGGGAAGCCAUAAUAAUGCAAACUGUCCAGUGGCAGAAUAGACUACAAAAGCAACUAGGAAAAGAAAAGGUCUCUUCAAGCUGUAUUGAACCUGGCCUGAUGAAUUUAAAUAUCUCAGGUGAAGAUUCACUGGAAUGGGAUGAGACAGACAUGAGUUACAAUUUGAUUGGUAUUCGUGAUGAGACACUUGAUCUUGCAUGUGAACAGAAUGACAUAUCAAAAUUUUCACUUGAGCCGAUGAACAAUCUCGUUGAUGAGCUUCUACUGGAUCAUUACAGCAGCGGCCCUGGAGAAUCACUGUACAGUCCUGGUGAACCACCUUCUUCUUCUUCUUAUCCAUAUUCCCAUCAGCACCACACCCUACAUAAUCUACAGCUUCUUGGAAAAGAUUGUUCAUCAUUUUUCAAUAAUGCAUCAAAUGUUUCCAAUGCAAAGCUGCUCACCAAUUUAGUGAGGAGUGCAAGUAAAGAUUAUUCGUUCUCAUCUGAUGAUUCUUUGCCAGACCUACUGGGUGAUUUCAUUCCAGUGAGACAAGACAAACCAAUGGCACUGAGGCCUGAGAGCAAGAGUGGAAUAGUCAGCGAGGGUAAUACUGAAACAACCUCUCUGUCAAACCAAGAUGAUCGAGUGCAAACUAAGCUAUCUACCAAACCUCUCCACCCCCUAAUAGAACUGAAACAUAGAGACUGCCCAAUUCAAUCAUGCAUUUGUAAAAGACAAGACCUUUGUGAAAAAAAGGAAAUAAAGAAUGUAACAAAGAUACAAAGAACAAAAUAUGAUGUACAAUUGUCAGAAGAUUUUCAAUCACUGUCUCUGAGCAAUGAGGGGAAUUUACAGCAAUUUCAAAUGAAUAAAAUCAGUUCGAAGGAUAUUUCAAAAGAUCUGGAGGCACAAUAUGAUGUGUUCACAUUUUAUGACUAUUCUUACCUGCAGGGCCCUGAGCUUGAGUUAGGUAUAACUCACUCCCCUGAAGAAAAUGUAACUACUGAUGCGAAUGUGAGCACAAAACCAGAUUAUGUUGAAAUUAUUUGUAAAAAUGGAUUCUCACCUUCAGAUGGCAAACUGGACUGUGCUAUGGCAGAAAAAUGUCUGCUAGUAUCAUCAAGUAGAGGUAACCUUGAAACUGAUUUUAGAGCAGUAGAUGAUAAUGGAGUAGCUCCAGAUGAAUAUCUGAAAAAUGAAACAGAUCUCAUAUUUUUGUCCCAUAGGUCAUCUGUGGAGUCACUUUCAUUUGCUGGUGACAUAUUUAGCCAUGUAACUAACAAUCACAAAAAUGGUGAUCUUCAUCGUAGUACUUCCUUAGAUAGUUGGGGUAAUUCAUGCAAGAUAACAGAGGAGUUACUUGGCCUCCAGGGUCCAGGGGACAUUAGUGUGGGUGUUGAAGCAGUGGGGGAGCUGAGUAAGAGAACUUUGGACCUAUUGAAACGUUUAGAAAACAUUCAGAAUCCAGUAAGUCCAAAAAUGAAACGUAGUGUUUCAGACAUCACACUGCAGAGUAAUUCUCUUAAAAUGUCAUUCACUGGCCAACCAUCAUUCGAUGCCACUUCCUCAGCCAAUGAAGAUUCUGCUGCUUCUCUCACAGAACUAAGCAGCAGUGAUGAGCUUUCCUUGUGCUCUGAAGACAUAAUUGUGCAUAAAAAUAGAAUUUUGGAUUCAAAUGCAUCAUUCAAAAAGCGUAUUAAUCACUCAAUGACUGAUGAAGCUGAUACCAAUAUAAGCAUGAUUGUAAAUGUGUCUUGUACUUCUGCUUGCACUGAUGAAGAAGACGAUAGUGAUUUGCUUUCCAGUUCAACCCUUACGCUAACUGAGGAGGAACUGUGCAUUAAGGAUGAUGAUGAUUCCAGUAUUGCUACAGACGAUGACAUUAAUGAAGAAAGUAAUUGCAUUUUAGAUGGAGACUACAUGAAGAAUGAUUUCCACCACUGGAUUAAACCAAUCUUUGCUGUCCCUGCAAAAGGAAAGAAAAAAAUGAAUCCAAAAUUGAAUCCAGAAGAAAAGGAUUUGAGCAAGACAGACCCUAAUAGUUUCAGGUUAUCUGCUUUCAAAAAUACUUCUUCACUUUAUCCAUUUUUGAACAGUCCAGUAUUUAAGCAGCUGGAGUCUAAAGAUCAUAAAAGUAGUUCUCUCUAUCCAAAUGAAAAACAUUUCAUGCAGACUGGAAUGGAAACUCUUAGACAAUGUACUCACCAUUUAAGAGAUGACCUGGAGAAUGGCAAUGUGGAAAAAUCUGUAUCAAAACAUGAAAAUAAACAAAAUAAAGUAUUAGAUAGCAAGGUACAUUAUUCCUUUGAAAAGGGGCGAAAUACCAGCAAAAUUCAUAGAACUGAAUGUUUGCAAUCUGAAUUGCUUGAUAGUACAAUUGAGCAAAAACCAGAAUCACAACACGUUCUAGUUUCUAGAUCCCCUACCCAAUCCAAAGAGAAGGGUAAAAAUAUUAUAUGUUUGGAAGACAAAAGAUUUGCAAACAAACAUUUAUUGUCACCUAUUUUUAAUACUGAUGAGGAGGUUAUUUGCAUGAAAAGAUUUGAAAAGUUAAAUGAUAUUGGAGUAUUAGGUGGGAAAAAAGUUCCAACAAGUGAACAUAGGAGUAAACAACAACAUCAAGAUUCCAAAGCAGAACUGAUGUUUAACUGCCACAGUGACGAAGAUACUACCAGUAAAUAUUUAGCUGGAGAAUGUUCAUCUCAUCAUAAUUUAGAAAACACACAGUUGGAGGAAGUUAACAAGGAUUGUGCAAAAGCUAUUUCGAACUGUGCUUGCCACUCUAAUAUUUCCCAUAGUGAGGAGGAAGAAGAUAGUUCUGUUCAUAAUUUUGUGAUGGAAAUUAUUGAUAUGGCAUCUUCGGCCUUGAAGAACAUCUCACACAAUGACUCUGAAAUGGUGAGUCCAACAUCAGUGGCUCAGAUCAAGGAAAAAGUGUUGGAACAUUCUCACCGAGCUUUGCAGCUGCGAAAAGGAGACUUUUACUCCUACCUGUCCAUAUCAUCACAUGACAGUGACUGUGGUGAGGUAAACACUUGCAUUGAUGAGAAAAGCAGCACACCACUGCCUUUAGAUUUAAAUGAAGAGGCUAGACUGGAAAACAUUGGUGAAGAUGAUAAACUCCUUUGUGAAGAUUUUACAGAACAAUCCCAUAAAUCCCGCUCACUUGAUUCUACGUUACAAAGGGACACUGUUCCAGAUGAAUUACCUUUGCCAAAUGAUGGAUUGGACAUGAUGCCGUUAAAUGCUAUUCAUGUGCCACCAGUUAAUCAAAAGACAUGCAGUGGAAAUCUAAGUGAAAUUAACAAAAUCACUAAGAAUCUAGAUACAUGUUUUGUUCCCAUUAAUCAAACAAGUAAUACAUCAGAAGACAAUACAUUUCAAUCUGUAGAAUACCAUGUGAAAAAUCCUUACCUUAAUUCAUUGCUGCCCGAAACACAAAGAAACACAACUAAAUGUUUGUCAUACAAUGAGUCCUUUACAGUCGUGCCAAAAGUUGAAAUGUUUGAGCCCAUUGAACCACCAUUAUACAUGGAAACUGAUGAAAAUAUAUCAGUAAAUCAGUCUUAUGGUAUGAAAAAGAAUCCACUGAAGGAUGUGCAAUCAAAUAACAUUUAUUUUAAGAAACCAAAAGACAAUGUGUCCCCUAGCACUAAAACAAAAUUUCCACAAAAUGGACAUUCUAUAAAUGAAGAUGACGAAGGUGCAGAUGGCAAAGUCAAACUGAUCCUUGACAAGAAAGAAAAUCAUUGUGAUGGGACCUUUAACUUGCCCGAAAAAGGGAAAUCUGGCCAUAUCCUUGCUCCAUUUUUGCCCACCAAUUCCCAAGGUAACACCUAAUCGAUUUGAACCAUCCUCUUCAUUGAUAUUGAAGACAAGCUCCUUCCAAAUGCAAGUUUUUCAUGCUGGUGUGGUUAACUGGUUGUUUUUGCUGAUCCUUUGUAUGGCAGUUACUGUUACUCCCUUGUUGGUAACAAUACCAACAGAUUGCAGCAACAUCCAGCAUUUUUCUUCUUCAUGGACUUUUGUCCAAAGCUACCUCCAAGGGACUCCUCUGUUCUGAUACACAGCUUAUAAAUGUUCUUAUUUUCUUGGUGUAGGUACUUUUUGGUAUGGAACAGGAAACCACAACAUUUGGAAAGAUAUUGGGGUAUAAUCUCAUGUCACUUCUGGUCAUGCCAUUUCAUGUAUUAUAGGAGUAAUGUUUGGAUUUUAGGAGAGAAUAUAUCCAUCCAAUCUAUCUGGAGCAAAAACCUUCACAGAAAAGUGGGCUCUGUUGUGUUAACUAUGCUAAUUCCAAGAUGAACCAUGAAUAUUAUUUGAACUUAAGAGAUGGAAAGUAGCAUAACAUUGAUAACAGGAACUAAUUCAAACUGUAUGUUGAAAAUCAAUAAUCAUAUCUUGAUAUGUUUUAUGUAAUUAAUAUUAAGCCAAUAUAAAUAUAGAAUACAUAGAUCCAAUCUAUGCAACGGUAGAACUUAUAAAACAAUCUUACUGUGCUGUAUAUUGCAAUUAUAUGUUUUUCAUUUCAAUACACAGUCAAGUUUUAUUAUUUCUGCUUCUUAAGAAGGGGAAGAGAAGAAAUGUUUUAACAAUGUGUGCCUUGCUGUAUAUCUUAUACCUUUUGUUAAAAAGCUGCUUUUCCCAGUUAAAAAGCUGGCUUAAAGAGAUGUGAUAGCAAGGUAUGCUGUGUGUAUAAUUUAUGUACAUAUGUACAAGAAAAUGCUAAUGUUCAUGUACAAUGAUAUACAAUGCUUUCUUGUAUUGUGUUUAUGUGUCCAGUGAUGUGGAAAAUAUUAAGCCUUAAGCUGUUAGAUUGCAUGGGUUAAAGUUAAAUUAAAGUUGGCAAAUAAAAAAUAAUUUAUCAGACAAUAAAAUGGAAUGAGUUAUUGGUUUUCAGAGGCAAACUGCCCUGCAUAUUUUGUUCCGUUUAAAAUAUAAUAAUGCAGUUUAUAGUUAAAUCUUGGGCAGAAAGAUAAAAAUUGAAAAUCAUUAAAUAACUAAGAUUGAUAUGAAAUUACCUUGAAAACUCUCAUAAAUCUGAAAAACUAUUUCAAACAAGAAUAUUAAGGCAUACAUUAGGUUUAAGCAGUUGGGAAUCAAACUGAAUAAGUGCAGAUGUAGAAGUAAGAGGGAACCAAGAGGGCAAAAAGAGGCCAUGGAAUAGAUCUUUUGGGCAAGAUAAAAGAAAGUUCUCAAGAGAUGAUGCAAGCAUAUUAAAAAUAAAAGAGUGGCUAGAGAGAGAAUUGGUCCUCUUAAAGAUCAGCAUGGCCAUCUAUCUAUGUGUACCACUAAAGAGGAUGGGUGAAAUUAUCAUUGAAUAUUUCUCACCUGUUUUUAUUGUGGACAAAAUAAUCAAAGCUAAGGCGCUGAGGCAAAUAAAUUGUCAUUUCUUGGACUAAUACUUGCAUCAUGCUGCAGGUGAAGUUCAGGAUGGUGGAUAAUGUUGCACUGUUAUUUAUGAAGGGCAGCAAGAACAAGCCAGGGAAAUAAAAACCAGUGAACCUUACAUCAGUGGUGGGUAGGUUACUAGAGGGGAUUCUAAUGGGCAGGAUCUUCCAGUAUAUUUGCAUGACAAGGACUGAUUAGGGAUAGUCAACAGUGUUUUGUGAGUGAGAAAUUGUGUCUCACAUUUGGUUAGUUUUUUGAAGAAAUUACAAAGAGGAUAAUUGAAGGCAGGUGGAUGUUGUUUAUAUGGACUUUAUCAAGGACUUUGAUAAUAUCCUGCAUGGGAGGCUUUAGUUUAGUUUUUAGUUUGGGGAGACAGCGUGGAAUCGACCUUCAGCCCACCGUGCUGACCAGCAAUCACCUUGACACUAGUUCUAUCCUACAGAUUAGGAACAAUAUUCAGAUGACACUGAAAUAGAUGGUAUCAUAGACAGUAAAGAAGGUUAUUAACAAAUGCAUUAGGAACUUGAUCAGCUAGGUAAGUAGGCAAAUGGAGUUUAAUGCAGAUAAAUAUGAAGCAUUGCAUUUUGGGAAUGAACAGUAGGACUCUGGGAAAUGUUGUCAAAUAGAGGGAGCUAAGAGUUCAUUUCGCAUCACAAGUAGACAGGGUGACGAAGAAGGCAUUUGGCACGCUGACCUUCAACAGUCAGGGCAUUAGUAUAGAAAUUAGAAUGUUAUGUUGCAGUCGCACCAAACCCAUCAUCUCUGUGUGGAGCCACAGGAGAUGAGUAAGGUCCUCAAUGAGUAUUUCUCCAUUUUUACUGUGGAGAAAUGUGAUCUCUUGGACUAUGUAGGAAUUAUCUGGGGAAAAGGUUCUAUCUAUCCUAGCUACACCUCUCAUUAUUUUAUAUUUUUUUAUCCAAAGACCUUACAACCUCGGCGUUCCAGUGAAAACAAUCCAAGUCUAUCCUACCACUCCCUGUAGUUGAUGUUCUCUAAACCAUGCUCGUAAGCUUCCUCUGCACCCUUUCCAAAGCUUACCCAUUCUUUCUGGGGGAAACCAAGAACUGCACUCAGUACACCAAAUAUUCCUCAUUGGCCUUCCUCAGUAUUGAGUAUAGAAGUUGGGAUGUUAUGUUAUAAUUGUACAAGACAUAGGUGAGGCUGCAUUUGGAGUAUUGUGUUCAGUAUUUUUCACCCUACUAUGGGAUGUUGUUAACCUGGAAAGAGUGCAGAGAAGAUUUACAAGGAUUUUGCCAGAACAUGAGAGCCUGAGCUGUAGGGAGAGGCUGGGCAGGAUAGGAGUUUAUUCCUUGGAAAGCUGGAGACUGGAAGUGAUCUUAUAGAGGUGGAUAAGAGGGAUAGGAUGAAUGUACAGAGUCUUUUACCCAGAGCAGGGGUAUAAAUCAGAGGACAUAGGUUUAAGGUGAGAGGGGAAAGAUUUAGUCGGAACCUGAGGGGCGAUCUUUUCACACAUAGGGUUUGGGAUAUAUGGGGCAAGCUGCCGGAGGUGGUAGUUGAGGCAAGUACUAUAUCAAUAUUUAAAAGACCCCAUUUGGAAAGGUACAUGGAUAGGAAAGGUUUAGAGGCAUAUUGGCCAAAUGCAGACAGGUAGGACUAGUGUAGAUGGGGCAUCUUGAUUGGCAUGGGCAAGUUGGGCUAAAAGGCCUGUUUCUGUGCUGUGUGACUUGCACAAGAUGCUGGUGAGGCCAUACGUUGAGUAUUGUGUACACUUUUGGGUAUCCUGCAACAGGAAAGAUGUCAUUAAGCUGGAAAGAGUGCAAAUAAGAUUUACACCAGGACACGUGAGCCUGUGUUAAUGGGAGAGGUUGGGAAGGCAAUGACUUUAAGCUUUGGAACUUAAGACUGAAGGGUAGCCUUGUAAAGGUAUAUAAAUUCAUGAAGAACAUGGAUAAUGUGAAUGCAGUCUUUUUCCCAGGUAUUUGGAAUCAAAAACUUGAGGGCUUAUGUUUAAGGUGAGAGGGUAAAUAUUUAGCAGGGGAACUUCUUCACACAGAAACUGAUGCUGUAUGGACGGCGUUGUUAGAGAAAGUAGAGAGAAAGAUACAAUAUUUAAAAGAUCUUUGUAAUAUGGAUAAGAAAGGUUUAGUGGGAUAUGGUCUAAACACAAGCAAAUGGGACUAGAUUUGAUGAGUAGUUUGGAUGGCAUGGGCAAGUUGGUCUCAAUGGCCUGUUUCCAUGCUAUGUCUCAAAUUAAAACUAAACUAAUACCAAUUUGAAAUUCCUUCUCGACUUUGGACCAGAGAUUCCCAUUAGUCAGUUGUUUUUUGAAAGUUGUUUGUUAAUAGUCCAGUGAGUAGAGAAGUUAGAAGAAGCUCUCUAAAGUAAAUCAAAAGCAUCCCUCUGUGGAGCCAGGAGGAGGAAAGUAUAUAAAGCAAGGGAUGUCUAUAUGCCUCUGAUGUUGCGGGCUCCCCCAUUCUUACAUUCAAAAUGGUUACAGUCCCAACUCAUCUAGCUGGUUACCCGCAUACCUAGCAAUAUUAAUUGUUGUGUCAACUAUUGCUCACUUUUGAACUCUUUCUAUGGACUGCUGAAUAGAAAAUUAUGAACCGAUUAUUAUUAACUAUCUUUUGAUCUGGGUGUAGGUUUUGUGGAAAUUAGUGUUUACUGAAGAUUUUUGUCUUAAAUUGAAAUUAAAGUAGUAAACUCUUAGUUUCACUGACAUCAAUUUCAUAUUAUUCCAUGACAGUUGUGACUUGGGACUGGAAUGUUUAACCAACGUUGUUAAUAAAAGAACUCCUGUACAAAAUAUAUUGUAUUUGACAGUGCAUCCAGAUUAUGCAAAAGAAAAUUAAGUCAAUAGGCAUUGUAUAUUCCAUGAAAUGCCCCAUGUGACAUGCUCAUUAUGUAAAAUAAAUAUUAAUUUGUGAAUGUUCUGAAAAUAUAUGAAAAAUUAUGUAAUACACUUCAGAGAGAUGGGCCAAAUGCAAGCAACCCACUGAGUCCAUGUCAACCAUUGAUCACCUGUUCACGCUAGUUCUCUGCCAUCCUACUUUCUCAUCCACUCCCUACACCCUAGGGGCAAUUUAUAGAGGCUAACUAACCAGGAAGUCCAUACAACCUUGGGAUGUGGGAGGAAACUGGAGUACCCAGAGGAAACCAAAGCAGUCACAGGGGAAACAUGCAAACUCCACACAGACAGCACCCGAGGUCAGGAUCAAACCCGGGUCUCUAGCACUGUGAGGGAACAGCUAUAAUUGCUGCGCCACUGAUCCACCACCUUUGACUUCUUUGAUGGUGUGCCUAAACAUACUGAUGAAGGACAGUAUGAUUCAAAGUAUAUAAUAGACAAUAAGUGCAGGAGUAGGCCAUUCGGCCCUUCGAGCCAGCACCGCCAUUCAACACCGCUGAUCAUCCACUAUCAGUACCCCGUUCCUGCCUUCUCCCCAAUCUGACUCAAAAUAAGUUAUCAAAGGAGAUUAUACAAAGAAGUAUGAAAGGGCAGUAUUUUUGGGUGUGUCAGCUUCAUAUAAGCUUUCUCACAUCUUACCCAUUGUACACCAUCAACAAAUCUUUCAAUUAUUUUCCCCUGCAUAUAUUUAUCAAGUUCCUCCUUGGACAUUCAUACUGUUCACCUCAGCUUUUGCAAUCUCCAGGAUGAAAUAAUUAAUUAUGACUUUUAAUGUUAUGCAUUUCAUAACCUACGCAAAUAUAUUUCCAGAAGGAAACAGUAUUUGCAGAUUUCCUGGCAGUACAAAAUUGAACGAAAUAAUAUGUAGCUUCAGAAAGAAUUAUCCAUAUGGUGUAGUGGAUCUGAAAUUACUUAAUAACCAACAAUCAUUUUUUAAUAUGGAUGUUCAAAAUAAUCCAUAAAACUAUUAAACCGAAUAAUUUUGAAUGAAAGGGGAAUAGUUAGUGGAAAAGAAAAAAACACAAAUCAAAUGGUUUGAUGUUAAGAAUCCUGGAGAAACUCAGCGGGUGAGGCAGCAUCUAUGGAGCGGAGGAAUAGGUGACAUGUCAGGUCAAAACCCUUCUUCAGACUGACGAGGUGGUGGGUGCGAGAAGAAGAAAGGAAGAGGCGGAGACAGUGGGCUGUGGGAGAGCUGGGAAGGGGAAGGAGGGAGAAAGCAAGGACUACCUGAAAUUGGAGAAGUCAAUGUUCACUCAGAGUCAUACUGGCCCAACCUGCCCAAGAUACCCAUCUACAUACAGUAUGUCCCACCAGCCCAUGUUAGGACCAUAUCCCCCUAAACCUUUACUAUCCAGAUACUCAUCCAAAUGCCUUUUAAAUAUUGUCAUAGUACCUGCCUCAACUAUCUCUUCUGGCAGCUCAUUGCAUAUGCACACCAACAGUUCAAAAAAUAUGGCUCAUAUGAAAGCAUUUAAAAAUUGGUUGGGGAAUUGUUAAUUGCCAUCCUGAAAGGUGUUAUUGUUACCAUUUACAUACAUUGAGCACAAAUCACCAAUCUAAUAUCUAAACUGGAUUUAACUGUCUGAUCUUGGUUUGCGGAUUCUUUUGCUCACUGUUAAUAUUAAGCUUAACUUUGAGUUAAUUCAAAAAGAUAACACCCAUAUCUUUCUAGUAUUUGUAUGUAAUUAAACAGUAUAUUUGCACUUUUAUCACAUGGAUGAAAACAAAACUAUUUAUGGGAUACCUUCUCCAUCAUUCAUUCUUGAUAUAGCUUGGUAUGUUUAUUAAUCAUCAAUGAGUGAAUAAAAGUCAAUGAAUGAUGCAACUGUAUGGAUUGAUAUAGAAAUGAAUUUGUUUAAUUAAACUUUUUAUUGUUAAAAAUAGAAUGCAUGUCAUAUAAUUUAAUAAUCUAUAUUUUUCAUGCCAAUUAUGUUUUAGUUGUUGCAACACUAUUAGUCUAUCUAUUUUAAAGACUAUUAUCUUUUUCCUCCAGAUCUAAUAUGUUGAAAAUGAAAACUUGAUUGUUAUCACUAAAGUUAGUUAAAAUUAUACAAUUUAUUUCAAUAAAAUGUAUGUUCAAAAGUAACAAACAGGAAAAAACAAACUGCUGGUGGAACUCAGUGGGUAAGGCAGCAUCUGUGGAGGGAAUGGACAGACAAUGUUUUGGGUCAGAACCCUUCUUCAGACUGAAGAAAGGACCAACCCAAAACGGUGUCUAUCAAUUCCCUCUGGAGAUGCUACCUGACCUGCUGAGUUCAUCCAGCAGUUUGUUUUUUGCUCGAGAUUUUGGCAUCUGCAGUUUCUUGCAUCUUUAAUUCAAAAUCAUGCUUCCAUAAAAAUGUAUGCACAAAUGGAUGUCUUGAUUCUAUUGAUAUAUCUAUGCAACAAAAUGAUAAUCUCAAAUGAGGUGGCUUCUUUUAUUAUGUUAAUUGCUCAUGAAACCAAAUAAUAUCAGAUAAUUGACCUUUAGGUUUCAGUUUUGCUUAUACUUACUUAAGCUUCUAAAGUACUAAUUCCCUAAAAUGGAAUUUAAGAACAAAUUUUGCCAUGUACUUUGUUGUAUAUCGUUACACAAUUUCUGGUGCAACCAAUUAAAUUUUGAAAAUGACAUUUGAAAUUGAUUGUAUAUCUCACUGUGGAAGGAAGUAUUAAGUGAAGUCUUGAAGCAUUCCCAUUUUCCUGCAAUUUAAAAGUUUUAAAGAAGAUUAUAAACAAUGUAAUUACAAAAGUCUAACUAAUCAUGUAUCAACAUAAUUAUGUUAAACAAGAUGCAUAAAUAUCUCAGAUAGUUAAAUUAUACAUUAUAGAUACUGGCAUCCUUUUUGUAAAGUAAGAAUAAUUAUCAAUAUGUAAUUGUUAUAUCAAAUCAAAAGAUUUCAGCUUGAUUUAUGAGAUUGGAAUGCUGCAUUGGACUUUCAAGUUCUUUCAUUUUCGUUCAGGUGUUGAUGUUGUUACAUGUUAAUUGCCAACAAUAACAGUUCCCAAAUUUAGAACAAAAAUAUUAUAUUUGCUACCAUGUUAACUUUGCCUUUUUGUAAUUUGACUGAAGUGUAACUGCUUUCAGCAGAGUUUAAAAGCGAUAUAAUUGGUAUUGUAAUCACAAGAACGUUUCAGAGUAGUUGUUGUUCAUAUUUGAUUUUCUUGUGCAGGUACCUGGCACCUAUUAGUUAAUAGAUGAGUGAAAUUCAAUUGACCAGCUCCUAAGAUAAUGUGCAGGAAAGAACUUCAGAUGCUGGUUUAAAUCGAAGGUAGACACAAAAUGCUGGAGUAACUCAGCGGGUCAGGCAGCAUCUCUGGAGAGAAGGAAUGGGUGACGUUUCAGGUCGAGGCCAUUCUUUAGACUCCUAAGAUGAAGUUCCGAGUAUGCCCCGUGUAUUUGGUGGUAAUAUUUAAAUACUUGUAUAUGGCUCGGGCCCUUGGGAAAAUCAUUGUGAUGGUCAAGUGAAGAAGAUGAAUUAAAUUAAUAAGAAAACUAUCCUUGCACAGAUACAUUUGAAACAUAUCAUCGGCAUUGUUAAUAUUAGCACCACAUUUCUAUUGAAAUUUUAUCCGCAAUGAUAAUGUUAACAAAAUAUUGCCAAAUCACCAAAAAAAAUUUUGUUUGGUGGGUAAUCGAUAAUUUGUCUAUCUUUGUUCCCAACCCGUUAUCACAGUCCAUUAUACGUUAAUAAAUCCAUUUAUUAAUGUCAUUGGCAUAGGAUCCCAACUCCUGAACUCAUACAAUAGGAAACGUCGAGUGCAAUGUCUACUUUUUUUCAAUUCAUUAUUAUUUUUAAUUUCAAUGGGGGGGGGGGGGUCCCGCCAGUUUGUGCACCCAAUGUAAUUCCACCACACGUGCAAUUGAUAUAUGUAAAUUAGUCUUUUCCAGCAUUGUGACUUGAUUAUCUUCUUCCUAAGGCCAAAUACGAAGAUUUUUCCCGAUGUGGCCUUUCAUUGAUUUAAGGAUGUGCUAAAUGGCUCAACGAGACAAACGUUGGAUCGGUUGCACAUAUGCACGAUCAUAUUGUGCCAUAUAAGAGAUGAUCCGCUAAUAAUUAGUAAGUUGUAACGUAGCACUAAGGACGGCGUCAAUGGGACGAAUCGCUCAACAAUGACAUGAAAGUAAACUAAAUCGCGACCCUUCUUGCUGACCCGUUCCAGCACUUUGUGUCUUUUUUCCACUACAACAGUGAUCGCCGUGGAUGGUCUGUGUUAGCGGGAAGCCGCGAGCAUUUAUCAUCCCUAGAUCUCCAGAAAAUGCGUAAUGCUACAAAACCGCUGCUACAUAUUACUAAUGUUAAUGGACUGAAGAUUUUUGAUUCUGAAUUGACGAAGCUCUUCUACUGUUGCAGCCUGCAGCGUUGCGCUCGCUGUGCAUAUUGUCAGCCCAACUUUUAAUGCGAGAACAGACAGAUACAAAGCUUUGGGAGAUCCAGUCAUAACGCCGAUAAUUCAUAAUAAAUUAAAAUACAGAAUUUAAUAGAAUAAAGGUUUAUAGGGUACAUGCUUCCGUGUGCAUCGUCUGUAUCUGAUCAUUCAGGAUGUUUCGUUACUUUCAAUUCCUGCGGGACCACAAACCAAAAUGUCAUUAAUUUUAAUGUUGCAAACACACAGUUAUUUCCUAUUCGCCCGGGGUUGCCAACUUAUUGAGUCUGAAGAAGGGUCUCAACCCAAAACGUUGCCCAUUCCUUCUUUCCAGAGAUGCUGCCUUUUACCCGCUGAGUUACUCCAGCAAUUUGUGUCUACCUAUUGAAUGUUCUUCCGCCUUUGGUCUGCCAGUGCGCUAAUGUUUUCACAGAUACACAACUUUCGAAUGGGUUAAACUGAUGACAAUAGAUCCACAACUACCCGUGCGCAAGUACAAUUUCAUUUUGUACAUUUUAUAACUAACAUGAUACAAUAAUCAAAAUGAUUUUGUUACUGGUUUGCGGAUUUCCGAUCUCAUGAUUUUUUGCGGACUGGCAAAUUUGCUUCUUUCCAACAGUUUUAAACCCUAAAGAGUUAAGCCAUGUAUAGUCCUAAAAACAUGCAUAGACUACGUUGCGAAUCGUUAUCACGUUACAAAUAAAGAAAAUGUGUUGAAACAUUCACAUCGGAGCACAUUUUUUCCCGAUUGAACAUAACCUAGUAUAUUAACUUGAGCAUCUGCUCAGUUAAAGGACUGAAAGUCGUGCUUCAUCGAGAUCACGUUCAGAAUCAGACAGUUUCUGAGAAUCCAACACUUUACUGUAAGUGAAAUUAUCUAACCUCGGGGAGCAUGCCGCCCUUGAAUUAAAGUUUUGAUGCGCGAACCAUCGCAGUAGCCAAAAAGAAAAAAACAGAGGAGCCAAGUAUGUCAGUCAGUGGCUGGUGUGCUGAUGAGAUUGCAGACUAUAACCUAAGAC